CUCGCGUUGGAUGCCUAGAAAGCGGUAGAGAAAAACGAGGACACCAAGCGUUUACCCGCUACGGAUUUCUUUUCAUUGACAAGCGGAGACUAUGGAAGUUAGCGGGGACAACACUUUCGGUUUGGAUGUGCAGUAGAAAGCGGUGGAAAACGAGGACAGCAAACGUACGUUUCAACGCUCCGUAUAUCUUUUCAUUGACAAGUAAGGACCAUGGAAGGUAGCGGCGAUACCACUUUCGCGUUGAAUGCAUAAAAAGCGGUAGGAAACUAGGACACAAUAACGUUUCACUGCUCCGGGUUUCUUUUCAUUGACAAGUGGGAAAAAUGGAAGGAAGCGGGGACAACAAUUUCGGGUUAGGGAACGGUACGAACCAGACAUACCCCACAGCUAUCCCAGGGUGGAGAAGAGACGAGACUCUGGCUACGAUAGAAGUGGGAGUCCUGGGCGCGAUGCUUUUUCUAGCGUUAGGAGGGAACCUGUGCGUGUUGGCGGACAUCUACCACAGCAGACGGCACCAUAGACGGAUGCACCUUUUUCUCACACAUCUUUGUAUUGCAGAUUUGGCUGUUGCGCUGAUGAACAUCCUCCCCCAGCUAAUUUGGGACGUCACAGGCCGAUUCCUUGCCGAUGACGUCACAUGCAGAGUGGUCAAGUUUUUCCAGCUGGCCUCUCUGUACGGGUCAUCCUACGUCCUGGUGGCCACAGCCAUGGACCGCUACUCGGCCAUCUGCCACCCGAUGUCCGUACUGACCAAGACGUCCAAACACCCCAAGCGGGUCAUCCUGUUGAGCUGGUGUCUCUCCUUCCUCUUCGCCGCGCCGCAAGUCCAGAUCUUCUCCCUGGUGGAGGUGGUAGAAGGUAGCGACACGUAUGACUGUUGGGCACAUUUCGAGGAAGGCUGGGGACAGAGGGCCUACGUGACCUGGUGUUGCCUGGCUCUGUUCGUGGUCCCCUGUCUCAUCAUCGCGUUCGUCUAUGUGCUGAUCUGCAGACAAGUGUGGAAGAGCUUCCAGAGCGGCAACCUGGAUGAGGUGAGGACACGACGAGGGGUCAAGGUGACCCGCCAUCGCCAGCUGACCAUGAGACCCAGGACGCACAUGGGGAUCGACUUCACCGCCACCAAGAUCAAGACCGUGCAGAUGACCUUGGUGAUCGUCAUCGCGUAUGUGGUGUGCUGGUCGCCAUUCUUCGUGGUGCAGCUGUGGCACACCUGGGAUCCUCACGCGCCGUACGAAGGUCCGGCCUUUACGAUCAUCCUGCUCCUGGCCAGUCUCAACAGCUGCGUCAACCCCUGGAUCUACUUUCACUUCACGGGGCAGUGCUUCGGCUCCCUGCGCGGAAGGAAACAGCAGUACAUGAUCCCGACAACCUUCCGCUCCCGCUCAAGGUACGAAAAUUUCAUCCUGAAUAUAUGA